UCAAUAGUGAUCAGUUAAAUUUCAUUCUUUCGUUGUUAAUUCAAGACUUAUAUCAUAAAUAAAUUAUCAUAAACUUUAAAUCAUAAUUAAUUGUUUAAAAAAAUAGUACUGAGUCUCUGUGGAUUAAAAUUUGAGGAAAAUGAAGCUUAAAAGUGACAUAAAAGAAAAGCUCAAGCGUACGUCGACAAAUGGUUAUGGUUUUGUUACAACAAAAUCAAUCUAUCGCAGAAUCAAAAAAAGUUCUCAUGCCGGUCCAAGAGUCUUGAAUAAAAAGCUCAAUUCUUUAUAUUCAUUCUCUGAUGAAAAUGAGACAAGAAAUGUUAAACAGGAUUCUAAAUUUAAUCCAACUAUUAUUACUAUGGAUUCAGAAUCAUCAUCAUUAUUAACUCCAAGUUUGCUACUGCGUAAAGAUAACAUUAAGCCUACACAAUCAAUGAGAAUAAAAAAUAGUAUUGUCAGGAACUUCAAAAUAUCUUCAUCAACUAACUAUAAAAAUCACUCGAAAAUUACAGUAGCUCAAUCUAUCAUCCCUGACUCGAUUGAACAGAAGCUUGAAACUGAAGAAUUACUUCAGAAUGCAUUAAUUGAAUCGGAUGACAGUGGCAAUUGUAUUAACAACAACAGUAAUAAUAAUACAUCUCUCCAAUGCAUAACAAAAAGAGUAUGUGACUCAAAUUCAUCAGAUAAAAGUAUUAAGGAGCAUGUUAUCUGGCCUAUAUUUUUCUAUAGCUUCAGAAACAAGGUUAUUUGUGUAAUGCAAUCCGGAUGUAAAUUUUCAUUUCAUGGUAAAUUAAAAAUUCAGAUAUUGUAUGGAGCCGUUGAAAUUUAUGGAGCAACAUUAGAUCAUUCUAAUACCACAACACCUCGUGAACUGUAUUCACCGAGAGGAACAAGUUUCAUUGAAAUAAGAGCAAUACAAUCUAAAACUAGUGCAUUAAAUGAUCAAUCUUCCAUGGAAAAGAUUUUGAAAAAAAAUAAUCUAGAUCCUGAUGAUGUUUUGAAACAUUGUAAUACUGUUGGUGAUAUCAAAAAAGACUGGGCUAUAUUUAUUUUACAAAAUUUUGAUAACAAUUUGAUCACGUUUUUAGAAGAAUAUUUUUCUCAUAAACUUUUUCCAUCUCUUCAAGAUUCUUCAGAUUAUUCUUGGACUGAUCGCAGAAGAGCGGAAUUUAUUUUACAAGCUCAUAUUUUUAUGGAAGAUGAUGAUAAGAAGACUAUUAAUGUAAGUAAUUUUAAAAAUGUUGCUAAAAAACUCUUACAUAAAUGGGAAGUUAAUAAAAAUAUGAGAGCAUUAAUGGCUGGUGGAAAAAAUGUUGGAAAAUCUACAAAUAUGCGAUACCUUGUAAAUAAAUUACUGGAAAAAUGUGAAAAAGUAAUCGUAUUAGACUUAGAUCCUGGACAAAGUGAAUUUACACCGCCAGGUUGUAUUUCAUUGAAUAUCAUUGAAUCUUAUCUUCUGGGUCCUAAUUUUACUCAUCUUCAAACACCAUAUUACCAAACCUAUGUUGGUGGAGUUAAUGUUACUUCUUGCCUAGCUAAUUACAUUCAAGGAGUGAAAAUAUUAAUAGACUGUUUAAAUAAAUAUUUAAAUGACUAUCAACAACCAUUGCCAGUUGUUGUGAAUACUAUGGGGUUUUGCAAAAAUAUUGGUUGGGAUAUUAUGUGCUAUACAAUUAAAUGUAUUAAGCCAACAGAUGUAAUUCAAAUUAAAUCAUCAAUAUUAAAAAAUAAUUUCGAGCGAUUAUUAAGUUCUGAUACCAUUAACAAUGAGCCGAAUAUUUGGUCAAUUUCAGAAAUAGUAGAUUCAGCAGUUGACCAUGAACUUCACAACAUCAACUCAGAAACAGAAACAAAAAGUAGAACUGGAGAAAUAUGGAAUAUCGAACCUCAUCAGCAGAGAGAGAUUGCUAUGCUUUCUUACUUAAGUCAAAUAGUUAAAAAAGAUAUCAAAACUUGGGCUGGAAGAAAUACUUUAUUAAGUAUUAAUGCAGUUAUUCCAUAUGAAGUUCCAUUUGAUUCGAUAAAAAUCUCACUAGAACCUCCCACUACCACUUCUGUUUUAUCUGUAAUUAAUGGAAAUAUCGUUGCAUUAUGUGGUGAUAACAUUUUUGAUACUCAACAACAAGAAUCCUCUGAAUUACAAUCUCAUUAUCCGAAAGUUUUAAGCCGAGCACCACUAACCACAUGUUAUGGUUUUGGUAUAAUACGUGGAGUCGAUAUGGAGAAGAAGAAAAUUUAUGUAAAUACUCCACUGUCAAUUUCCAUGUUAAGUCAUGUUAAUUGUUUAAUUGGUUGUACACCAAUUCCUGUAGGAUUACUAAAUUUAAAGAGGUUUGGAAUUCCUUACACAAGAGGUGAGUGUGAUUUACCUACUAGUCAGGAUCCUAGGAGAGGAUACUUCAGAAUGAGACAUAAAAGGGACACAACAGUUCUAUCAGCUGAAUAACAAAUAAAUUGAUAAACUGUUUUACAAUAUUUUAUUAGAGAAAAAUUUUUUUAUUUACUUCAAAACAUUGAACUAAAAGUUUUAAUCUUUUGUUAAGUAAUUUUAUUUAAUAACAAAAUAUAAAAAUUAUUGACAAAUAAAUCAAAUACAU